CAUUCCCUUCUCUCACUGUUUUAGUCUCUUCCAAUCCCUCUCUAUCUAUCUCCUUUAAAUACAAUCCAACCAAGUCUUAGUCUUAAUACAGUUGCAAUACUUUCAUCUCUUUCUUCUUCCAUAUAUCUCUCUGUCUCUCUUUCUUUUCUUUCUGUGAAUCCAAACAAGUCUUAGUCCUCAGUACAGAAAAUUAUCUUCCUUUCUCUCUCAUAUCUAACAAGAAUUCAUUGAACAAACUAUGAGGCUGAGAAGAAUAGGCAUUGCUUUGGUUACACUCGUGAUGGUUUGUAGAAUCCACAUAUGUUUGUCAGAGAAUAUUACCAGAGGAAGCUUUCCAAAGGGUUUCGUUUUUGGGACUGCCUCUUCUGCUUUCCAGUUUGAAGGAGCCGUGAAAGAGGACGGGAGGGGACCCACGGUUUGGGACACUUUUUCACAUACUUUUGGUAAAGUAGCUGAUUUCAGUAAUGCCGACAUCGCUGUGGAUGAUUAUCACCGUUAUAAUGAAGAUAUACAACUUAUAAAGGACAUGGGAAUGGAUGCCUAUAGGUUUUCAAUUGCUUGGUCUCGGAUUUUUCCUAAUGGAAGUGGUGAAAUCAACCAAAAAGGAGUUGAUCACUAUAACAACCUCAUCAAUGCUUUACUAGCCAAAGGAAUUGAACCAUAUGUGACCCUCUACCAUUGGGAUCUUCCUCAAGCACUAGAAGAAAAAUACCAGGGAUGGUUGAACCCACAAAUCAUAAAGGACUUUGCAACGUAUGUCGAGACAUGCUUUCAGAAAUUUGGUGACAGGGUGAAGCACUGGAUCACAUUCAAUGAGCCUCAUACAUUUACUGUCCAAGGCUAUGACGUCGGCCUCCAGGCACCAGGGCGAUGCUCUAUCUUACUUCACAUAUUUUGUAGGGCAGGAAACUCUGCCACUGAGCCUUACAUUGUUGCCCACAAUGUUCUCCUUUCUCAUGCUACUGUGGCAGAUAUAUAUAGGAAAAAGUACAAGCAAAAACAGCGUGGAUCACUUGGAAUAGCUUUUGAUGUUAUGUGGUUUGAACCAGCAACAAACUCCAUAGACGACAUUGAAGCUGCUCAAAGAGCCCAAGAUUUUCAGCUCGGCUGGUUUAUUGAGCCUUUGAUCUUAGGGGAUUAUCCUAGCUCGAUGAGAGGUAGGGUAGGAAACCGGUUGCCAGAAUUUUCUAAAUCCGAGGCAACUCUUCUCAAGGGUUCUUUGGAUUUUGUUGGCAUUAAUUACUAUACAACAUUUUAUGCAAGAAAGAAUUCAAGUGAUUCACUCGUUAAAAUACUAAACGACUCCAUUGCAGACUCUGGUGCAAUUACCCUACCAUUCAAAGAUGGGAAAGCUAUUGGAGAUAGGGCAAGUUCUAUUUGGUUGUACAUAGUACCUGAAGGGAUCAGAAAGUUAAUGAACUACAUCAAGCAAAAGUAUGGGAACCCUCUGGUUAUUAUCACUGAAAAUGGGAUGGAUGAUCCAAACAACUCACUUAUCUCCAUUAAAGAUGCUCUAAAGGAUGAGAAAAGGAUCAAAUAUCACAAUGACCAUCUAACCAACUUGCUAGCUGCAAUCAUGAAUGAUGGUUGCAAUGUGAGAGGGUAUUUUGCAUGGUCUUUAAUGGAUAACUGGGAGUGGGCAGCUGGAUAUACUUCAAGAUUUGGUCUCUAUUUUGUUGAUUAUAAAGACAAGCUCAAGAGAUAUCCAAAGGACUCUGUUACAUGGUUCAAGCAGUUCUUGACUUCAACAUAAAGAUGGAGAAAAAUGAAGGUGCAGCAACCGGACUCUUCCAAAUCAAUGCAUUGCAUGUUGAAUGUACAAGUAGUGUCUGAAAGCAUAUUCUUACUUGUUCCAUCUUGUUUUUUUUAGGCAGCUCAUCCUAAGAUAUAAAGAAAAUGUGUCCUUCAUGUAUUGAUUUGAACAUGUUUAUUUCCAAUAAUCCAAAGAAAUAUGAAACUCUGGCUUACUUUGC